AUGACGGGCGACGGGGUGAACGACGCCGUGGCGCUGCGGGCCGCGGACAUCGGCGUGGCCAUGGGGCAGGCGGGCACCGACGUCUGCAAGGAGGCCGCGGACAUGAUCCUCGUGGACGAUGACUUCCAGACAAUAAUGUCUGCAAUUGAAGAGGGUAAAGGAAUUUAUAAUAACAUAAAAAAUUUUGUUAGAUUUCAACUGAGCACGAGUAUAGCAGCUCUGACUUUAAUCUCACUGGCUACAUUAAUGAACUUUCCUAAUCCUCUCAAUGCCAUGCAGAUCUUAUGGAUCAAUAUUAUUAUGGACGGACCUCCAGCUCAAAGUCUUGGGGUGGAGCCUGUGGAUAAAGAUGUUAUUCGGAAGCCUCCAAGGAAUUUGAAGGACAGCAUUCUGACCAAAAACCUGAUUGUUAAAAUACUGGUUUCAGCAGUGAUCAUCGUCUGUGGAACACUGUUUGUCUUCUGGAGAGAGCUAAGAGACAAUGUCAUAACGCCUCGAGACACAACCAUGACUUUCACCUGUUUUGUGUUUUUUGAUAUGUUCAAUGCUCUGAGUUCCAGGUCUCAGGCAAAGUCUGUGUUUGAGAUUGGACUCUGCAGCAACAAGAUGUUCUGCUAUGCUGUCCUGGGAUCCAUCAUGGGGCAGUUACUGGUCAUUUACUUCCCUCCACUUCAGAAGGUUUUCCAGACAGAGAGUCUGAGUGUCCUGGAUUUACUGUUUCUCCUGGGACUCACUUCAUCUGUGUGCAUAGUGACUGAGAUCAUAAAGAAGUUUGAAAGGAGCAAGGAAAAGAUCCAGAAACGUGGAAGUUCUUCUUCGUCAACUUCGUCUUUUCUUGAUGUAUGAUGCAUAUUGCAUUCUUUUGUUUGCAAACUUAGGGAUUGCUGUCUAAAGAUGUAGGAGAAAGCAAAACUAUAUUUGGAGGAUAAAGAAGUCCUGAGGGCUUUUGACAAGUCCUUUGUCUCACCGGCUAGUGAUGAACAUUCACGUUUCAAGACUGUUUAGAAUUUAACUUCCAGCUGUGGGAGUAACAAAUGAAAUUAUGCAACUUUGGUAAUGUUUUUCCUCAAACAUAAAUUUACUUUUGAGAUUGAAUGGGAUUUUGUGGGUGGGUGGGAGUUAAAGAAAGAUCUAAGCCCAAGUCCCAUUUUCUGCACUUAAAAGAUAUUGUGUAAAAUCCUUCUCUUAGAUAUAAAUAUUUUAGUUUGUUUUUAUUUAAAACAUUGUACUAUUUUACUUUUAUGGUGGUGGGACUUUGCUACUAAUGCAAGGAUUAAAUAUUUCAGAGGCAUUCCACUGGGUUGAGUCCGUCACAAGAGUGCCAUAUUCUAGCUACUGUAUUUAUUUACUUUACCCUGCAAUGUGUAAGCGGCUCAAGUACCUUGUGCUACAGGUUUUUUGUAUCCCAGGUUUGGUUUUUUUGCACAGGAUGUGACCGCUGUCAGAUCACUGUUUUCCUUUUUUGUGUGAUUGAA